AUGCAAAGAUCAAAACAAGAAACUAGAAAAUCACAAUAUAAAAAGUCAAUUGAUUCAGAUGAGUCACGUAGAAAGAGAGAAGAAGCUUCACUCUCUAUUAGAAAGAAUAAAAGAGAAGAAAGUUUAUUAAAAAAGAGAACUCAAGCAGUCCCAGGUUCUACUCCAGUUAAAGUUGAUUCUUUAAUUAACCAAAGAUUGGAACAACUCCCAUCUUUAGUUGCAGAAAUUAAUUCAGAAAACCCAGAUUUAAUUUUAAAAUCAACUACAGCAUUUAGAAAAUUACUUUCAAUUGAAAAAUCCCCACCAAUUGAAGAAGUUAUUAAAACUGGUAUUGUCCCAAGACUCGUUAAAUUUUUAUAUAUGCAAGAUUUCCCACAACUUCAAUUUGAAGCAGCAUGGGCAUUAACAAAUAUUGCAUCAGGUACACCAGAACAAACUAGAGUUGUAAUUGAAAAUGGUGCAAUUCAAGUAUUCGUUUUAUUAUUAAGUUCACCACAUGAUGACGUUAGAGAACAAGCAGUUUGGGCCUUAGGUAAUAUUGCAGGUGAUUCACAUUAUUGUAGAGAUUUGGUAUUAAGUCACAAUGCUUUACCACCAUUAUUAAGUCUCUUACAAAAUCCAGCAGCAAUCAAAGUUAGUAUGGUUAGAAAUGCUACAUGGACAUUAUCCAACUUUUGCAGAGGUAAACCACAACCACCAUUUGAAAUUGUACGUGCCUCACUUCCAGUAUUAGCCAAAUUAAUCUACUAUCAAGAUGAAGAAGUAUUAAUUGAUGCAUGUUGGGCUCUCUCUUAUCUCUCUGACGGUUCCAAUGAAAGAAUUCAAGAAGUUAUUGACGCUAAAGUUUGUCGUAAGAUGGUUGAACUCUUGGGUCAUCCAACUAUUGCCGUUCAAACACCAGCACUUCGUACCAUUGGUAACAUUGUAACUGGUGAUGAUAAUCAAACCCAAAUUGUAUUAAGUGUUCAAGCUCUUUCACAUCUCUUGAACCUCUUACAAUCACCAAAGAGAGCCAUUCGUAAAGAAGCCUGUUGGACCAUCUCCAAUAUUACUGCAGGUGAUAAAAAUCAAAUUCAACAAGUCAUCGAUGCCAAUAUCAUUCCAUCACUCGUUUAUCUCUUGGCAAAUGCUGAAUUUGAAAUUCAAAAAGAAGCCGCUUGGGCCAUCAGUAACGCUACCUCUUGUGGUACCCCUCAACAAAUUCAUUUCCUCGUUAGCCAAGGUUGUGUCAAACCAUUAUGUGAUCUCCUCAAGGUUUCAGAUCCACGUAUUAUCAAUGUUGCACUCGAAGGUAUUGAAAAUAUUUUAGUUGCUGGUAAAAAAGAAGCUCAAGUCACUGGUGUCAAUCCAUACAAAAAGAUCAUCGAAGAUGCUGAUGGUCUUGGUAAAAUCUAUGAUUUACAACAUCAUAUGAACAAAGAUACCUUUGAAAAAGUUUCAAGAAUUAUCUCUACUUAUUUGGAAGAUGAACAAGAAGAUGAAGGUGAUCUCAUGCCAGAAGGUUCUUCUUUCUCCUUUUCAAAUCAAACAAAUUCCAAUUUUAACCUUUAA